GGUGUUUUUUCAUUGUUUAUAGAAAAGCAAGCCGAACCGAUGGCUCGGGUUAGAGCAGUUUAACGGUGCGAUAUUUUAGAGGAAAACCUAGUCUUUAAUAACGGAUCUGAAAGGCAGUCAGCACAGCGGAAUGGCCAAAGACCGCCACAGGGCUUCCCAGCACCUCAGGCACUACUGCCAGUAUUGUUGUGAUACGACGGGACCGUAUGUAUGUGGCUCAUGUUGGGGACUCUGGUGUGGUGUUGGGGGUGCAGGAUCACCCCUCUGAUGAAUUCAUACAAGCUGUUGAAGUGACGCAGGACCACAAACCCGACCUCCCGAAGGAAAGAGAAAGAAUUGAGGGUCUGGGUGGCAGUGUAAUUAAAAAGUCUGGAGUCAAUAGGGUGGUGUGGAAACGACCAAGACUCACCCACAAUGGACCAGUAAGGAGGAGCACUGUCAUUGACCAAAUCCCUUUUCUCGCUGUGGCUAGAGCUCUCGGUGAUCUGUGGAGUUACGACUUUUACAGUGGAGAGUUUGUCGUUUCACCUGAACCUGAUACUGCUGUUAUCAAGCUGGAUUUAAAGAAGCACCGUUAUGUCAUCUUGGGCAGUGAUGGUUUAUGGAACAUGGUAUCACCACAGGAGGCUGUGUCUAUCUGUCAGGAGAAUGACAAGGCCACGGAAAAUAACCCAGAAGAAUAUGUUUCUAAUGCAAUUUUGCUGGUGAACCAUGCCUUGCUGAGAUGGCGUCAACGCAUGCUCCGUGCUGAUAACACCAGUGCCAUAGUUGUCAGUUUCGAGCCAUACCAGCCAUCUUCAGAAAUCUUUCCAGAAUAUGAGGUUGUGUAUAAUCUACAGGGACCAAAGUAUGGUUCUCUUCCUCAAUCAAGCUCUUUGCACACUCAGGUUUCACCUCAAGAUGCACCUGCUAGUGAAGUACAGCCUGUUCCAGAGGAGCAAAACGGCAGCUGUGACUCGAGCAGUUGUGGAAUUCUUGAUUCAUCACCCAAAAGCCUUACAAACUCUGAGGACCUGCCUUGCACAGACCUUCAUAAUAUCUCUUUGGAGAAUGAGAUCAAUUGCGACCAGGUGCCUGCAGGGAAACGGGUGCUAGAUGAUUCCUCCACACCUGCGGUGAAGAAACUCCGCUGUAGUUCACCACAGUCCCCUCAUAAAGAGUCCUCAUGUAUAUCCCCACAAAAACAGAGCCAGCAGCCCUCGUCGAGGAGCAGUGACAAGGGUCAGAAACAGUCUGAAAACGUUCAAGCUCUGUUUCAGCAGCACGGCAAGACUACUGUAUGUGUUUGCUGACAUUGGUGUUUUUAUUAUGAUGCAAGCUGUACAUUUAUGUUGAAGUUUAUAUAAGCUACUGAGAAACCAAAACCUGAAGCAAGUAACAAUGUAAAAAAAAUCACUCACUUCCAUUCUGUUUUUAUUUUUAAAGGAGUUUAAGUGUUUCCUCCAUUGAGUGUUCACAUUUAAGUGAAAUUACUGUUUCCAGUUUUAAAUGCUUUUGUUGGGCCAACUUUGGGGAUUUUGCACUUUGAGUUGCAUUGGUGCUGUCUCUGUAGACCUGUGUAUUUGUGGGGCACUGUGGAAAAAGAAAUGAAAAACAAUAGAUGGGGGAAAGAAACCAUAUCUUCUGAGAAGAUCUUUGCCUGCAGCUUACACGUCUCCUGUUUUAAAGGUUGUUUGUCUAAAAGGAUUUCACUUAAAGCAACAGUAUACGUAUUUUUGUAUGUUGUUUAAUGGUACAUCAUUUGUAGUGUUCACUGGUGUCAAAUCUUAACCCUAUGUUGAUGUUACGCAUGAUUUAAUGAAUUUUUUAGACUGUUGUUUUAAUGUUUUCAUUAACAUAUUAAUGUUUUUCCUUGAUGGGAGAACUAAAGGUGCUGCUAUGCGUAAACAGGUCAAUUAAAAACGGCUUUUACAAUGA